CUGCAGUAGAGCUUGUCCGGACUGCUGUCGCUAAAGUUUUUCCCUGGCUCUUUUUCAGCGAAUACAACAUGGCUCCUCCUACCGAGAAUACUGGCGCCUGGGAUAUCCAGCCCAAGGACGCAAAGCGUGCGCUUGCAGAAGACGCCUAUGAUGACUGCCUGUCUUGCAGGGUGACCGGAUCCGCUGCAUUCAUCGGUCUCGGUGUAUACAGCUACUACUCGGGCAUGAAGAACCUGAAAAUGCAAGAAAAGGCGAUCAUGCAAAGCGCAACCAAGUACAAGAUGGCUUCCCGGCAACUAGGAAUCGCAACCAUCUCGGCGACCCUAGUUGGCAUGGGGCUGUGGAGGGCUUUCAACUGAUACCCAGGCCAAUUUGUAUAUCAUGUACUCUGCUCACGGCGUUGGGUUGUUUUGAUGGGAAUGCACGUCAAGCCAAGCACUUCUGUUCGUAAUACACAUGUACAAAGUAGCAUAUAGAAAGGAUCGUACGAUUAAUAUAACACUAGCCGCCUCA